AUGACCCCGACCUUCCACCUGGACACAGGUGUGUUCCCCAAGUGUCACAAGCAGGGCACCUGGGAGGAUGUUCUGCCACCCUCAGGGCUCUGCCCGGCAUCCGGGCGCGCCGCGGAGCUGGGCGCAGAUGAGGAGCAGCCUGUCCCGUACCCGGCGCUGGCGACCACCGUCUUCUUCUGCCUCGGGCAGACCACGCGGCCGCGCAGCUGGUGUCUCCGCCUCGUCUGUAACCCGUGGUUCGAGCACGUCAGCAUGCUGGUCAUCCUGCUCAACUGCGUGACUCUGGGCAUGUUCCGGCCGUGCGAGGACGUGCAGUGCCACUCAGAGCGCUGCCGUAUCCUGGAGGCCUUCGACGACUUCAUCUUUGCCUUCUUCGCUGUGGAGAUGGUUAUCAAGAUGAUUGCCCUGGGCCUGUUCGGGCAGAAAUGCUACCUGGGCGACACCUGGAACCGGCUGGACUUCUUCAUCGUUAUGGCGGGCAUGAUGGAGUAUUCCUUGGAUGGACACAACGUGAGCCUGUCGGCCAUCCGGACUGUGCGCGUGCUGCGGCCCCUCCGUGCCAUCAAUCGUGGCCGUACGUGGUUCGAGCACGUCAGCAUGCUGGUCAUCCUGCUCAACUGCGUGACUCUGGGCAUGUUCCGGCCGUGCGAGGACGUGCAGUGCCACUCAGAGCGCUGCCGUAUCCUGGAGGCCUUCGACGACUUCAUCUUUGCCUUCUUCGCUGUGGAGAUGGUUAUCAAGAUGAUUGCCCUGGGCCUGUUCGGGCAGAAAUGCUACCUGGGCGACACCUGGAACCGGCUGGACUUCUUCAUCGUUAUGGCGGGCAUGAUGGAGUAUUCCUUGGAUGGACACAACGUGAGCCUGUCGGCCAUCCGGACUGUGCGCGUGCUGCGGCCCCUCCGUGCCAUCAAUCGUGUGCCCAGCAUGCGCAUUUUGGUCACGCUGCUGCUGGACACGCUGCCCAUGCUGGGGAACGUCCUGCUGCUGUGUUUCUUCGUCUUCUUCAUCUUCGGCAUCGUUGGAGUGCAGCUCUGGGCCGGCCUGCUGCGCAACCGCUGCUUUCUGGACAGCGCCUUCGCCAGGAAUGACAACCUGAGCUUCCUGCGACCUUACUACCAGCCGGAGGAGGGCGAGGAGAACCCCUUCAUCUGCUCCUCACGCCGUGACAAUGGCAUGCAGAAGUGCUCCCAUAUCCCCAGCCGCCGCGAGCUGCGCCGGGAGUGCACGCUGGGCUGGGAGGCCGCGGGGGCCACCGGCCGCAACGGCUGUGUCAACUGGAACCAGUAUUAUAACGUGUGUCGCUCGGGGGGCGCCAACCCCCACAACGGCGCCAUUAACUUCGACAACAUAGGCUAUGCCUGGAUUGCUAUCUUCCAGGUCAUCACCCUGGAGGGCUGGGUGGACAUCAUGUACUACGUCAUGGAUGCCCACUCCUUCUACAACUUCAUCUACUUCAUCCUGCUCAUCAUCGUGGGCUCCUUCUUCAUGAUCAACCUGUGCCUGGUGGUGAUCGCCACGCAGUUCUCGGAAACCAAGCAGCGGGAGAACCAGCUGAUGCGCGAGCAGAGGGCCCGCUACAUGUCCAACGACAGCACGCUGGCCAGCUUCUCCGAGCCAGGCAGCUGCUACGAGGAGCUGCUCAAGUACGUGGGCCACGUGGUGCGCAAGGCACGGCGGCGCGGCCUCCGCCUCUAUACCCAGUGGCAGAGCCGGUGGCGCAAGCGGGCAGACCUCAAUGAGGCGCUGCCCGGCCAGGGUUCUGGGCGGCGCCAGGGCCGGGCUGGCCGCCACAUGGCCUCCAUCCACCAUCUGAUCUACCACCAUCACCACCACCAUCACCACCACUACCACUUCAGCCACACCAGCCCCCGCCGGCCGGCCGACCGAGACUGCAGGCUGGUACGUGCCAGCGCCAGUGCCCCGCCGCCCAUGCCAGGCCCGGGCCCUCCCGAUGCCGUGCACAGUGUGUACCAUGCUGACUGCCAUGUGGAGGGGCCGCAGGAGCGCACGCAGGCUGCCCACGCCACAGCCACCACCGCUGCCGCCAGCCUCAAGCUGGCUGCCGGGCUGGGCGCUAUGAACUAUCCCACCAUCCUGCCCUCUGGGGCCGGUGGCAAGGGUAGCAGCAGCAGUCCAGGGCUCAAGGGACCACUGGGCACAGGGCUGUACGGCCCUUCGGGCCUGGGUCUCUCCAGCCCCCACGAGAAGAUCCAGCACUUGGUUGGCGAGCACGGACUGGGCCAGACACCCAACCGCCUGUCAGGCCUGAGCGUGCCCUGCCCGCUGCCCAGCCCCCAGGUGGGCGCGCUAGCCUGUGAGCUCAAGGCCUGCCCCUACUGUACCCGAGCCCUCCGCGACCCCCGCGACCCCCACGACCCCCAGCUCAGCGGCUCUGAGAGCGGUGACUCUGACAGCGACUGCGUCUACGAGUUCACGCAGGACGUGCGCCACGGGGACCGCCGAGACCCCCUGCAGCCCACCGCCCCCACCACAGAGACGCCCGGCCAGGGAGGGCGGCCGCGGCGACAGGCUCAUGGGCUGCCGGCUGGUGAUCCGGGCGGGCCGCGCCGCCUCUGGGGCACCUUCAGCGGCAAGCUGCGGCACAUCGUGGACAGCAAGUACUUCAACCGCGGCAUCAUGGCGGCCAUCCUGGUGAAUACCAUGAGCAUGGGCGUCGAGUAUCAUGAGCAGCCCGACGAGCUGACCAGCGCCCUGGAGAUCAGCAACGUGGUCUUCACCAGCCUCUUUGCCCUGGAGAUGUUGCUGAAGCUGCUGGCCUGCGGGCCGCUCGGCUAUACCCGCAACCCCUACAACAUCUUCGACGGCAUCAUCGUAGUCAUCAGCAUCCUGGGCAUGCAUCUCUUUGGCUGCAAGUUCAGCCUGAAGACAGAUACCGGUGACACCGUCCCUGAUAGGAAGAACUUCGACUCCUUGCUGUGGGCCAUCGUCACUGUGUUCCAGAUCCUCACACAGGAGGACUGGAACGUGGUCCUCUACAAUGGCAUGGCUUCCACCUCCUCCUGGGCUGCCCUCUACUUUGUGGCCCUGAUGACCUUCGGCAACUAUGUGCUCUUCAACCUGCUGGUGGCCAUCCUGGUGGAGGGCUUCCAAGCAGAGGGCGACGCCAACAGGUCGGACACAGAUGAAGACAAGACGUCCAUGCAGUUCGAGGAGGACCUGGACAAGCUCCGGGAGCUGCGGGCUGCAGAGAUGAAGCUGUACUCGCUGGCGGUGACCCCCAAUGGACACCUGGAGGGCCGGGGCAGCCUGCCCCCUCCUGUCAUCAUGCGCACAGCGGCCACGCCCAUGCCCACCCCCAAGGGUUCCCCCCACCUGGACGCAGCCCCCGGGGCCCUGGAAUCUCGGCGCAGCAGCAGUGGCUCCGUGGAGCCCCAGCUGGGAGAUCAGAAGUCUCCGUCCAGCCUUCGAAGCUCGCCCUGCGCCCACUGGGGCCCGAAUGGGACCUGGAGCAGCCGGCGCUCCAGCUGGAACAGCCUGGGCCGUGCGCCCAGCCUCAAGCGCCGGAGCCAGUGCGGGGAGCGGGAGUCACUGCUGUCUGGUGAGGGCCGGGGCAGUACGGACGAUGAGGCCGAGGAUGGCAGGGCCAGCACGGGGGCCUCCUCCCCAGGGGCACGAGCUACCCCGCUGCGGCGCGCUGAGUCCCUGGACCACCGCAGCACGCUGGACCUGCGGCCCCCACGGGCGGUCGCUCUGCUGCCGGCCAAGUCCCCUGACUGCAACGGGCAGACAGUGGCCCUGCCCAGCGAGUUCUUCCUGCACAUCGACAGCCACCGGGAGGACCCAGCCGAGUUUGAAGAGGACAUGGAGGAUAGCUGCUGCUACCGCCUGCGCGCGCUGCUGGGCCGUCACCAGCCCGAGUGGUGCCGCCAACGUGAGACGUGGGCGCUCUACGUCUUCUCAACUCAGAACCGGUUCCGCAUUGUCUGCCAGAAGGUCAUCUCCCACAAGCUCUUUGACCACGUGGUGCUGCUCUUCAUUUUUCUGAACUGCAUCACCAUCGCGCUGGAGCGCCCGGACAUCGACCCCGGCAGCACCGAGCGGGUCUUCCUCAGCGUCUCCAACUACAUCUUCACUGCGAUCUUCGUGUCUGAGAUGAUGGUGAAGGUGGUGGCGCUGGGCCUGGUUUCGGGCGAGCACGCUUACCUGCAGAGCAGCUGGAACGUGCUGGACGGACUGCUGGUGCUCGUGUCCCUGGUUGACAUCGUGGUCGCCCUGGCCUCAGCCGGCGGCGCCAAGAUCCUGGGAGUGCUGCGGGUGCUGCGUCUGCUGCGGACCCUCCGGCCCCUCAGGGUCAUCAGCCGCGCCCCGGGCCUGAAGCUGGUGGUGGAGACGCUUAUCUCGUCCCUCAGGCCCAUUGGCAACAUCGUCCUCAUCUGCUGCGCCUUCUUUAUCAUCUUUGGCAUCCUGGGCGUGCAGCUCUUCAAGGGCAAGUUCUACUACUGCGACGGCCUGGACACCAGAAAUAUCUCCACCAAAGCCGAGUGCCAGGCUGCCCACUACCGCUGGGUACGCCGCAAGUACAACUUCGACAACCUGGGCCAGGCCCUGAUGUCCCUGUUCGUACUCUCGUCCAAGGACGGUUGGGUGAACAUCAUGUACGACGGGCUGGACGCCGUGGGCAUCGACCAGCAGCCCGUGCAGAAUCACAACCCCUGGAUGCUGCUCUACUUCAUCUCCUUCCUGCUGAUCGUCAGCUUCUUCGUGCUCAACAUGUUCGUGGGCGUCGUGGUGGAGAACUUCCACAAGUGCCGGCAGCACCAGGAGGCCGAGGAGGCGCGGCGGCGAGAGGAGAAGCGGCUGCGGCGGCUGGAGCGGAGGCGACGGAGCCAGCUCCCCAGCCCAGAAGCCCAGCGCAGGCCCUACUACGCUGACUACUCGCCCACCCGCCGCACCAUCCACUCUCUCUGCACCAGCCACUACCUCGACCUCUUCAUCACCUUCAUCAUCGGGGUCAACGUCAUCACCAUGUCCAUGGAGCACUACGACCAGCCCAAGGCGCUGGACGAAGCCCUCAAGUACUGCAACUACGUGUUCACCAUCGUCUUUGUGGUGGAGGCCGUGCUGAAGCUGGUGGCCUUUGGCUUCCGGAGGUUCUUUAAGGACAGGUGGAACCAGCUGGACCUGGCCAUUGUGCUGCUGUCCAUCAUGGGCAUCACGCUGGAGGAGAUCGAGAUGAACGCCGCGCUGCCCAUCAACCCCACCAUCAUCCGCAUCAUGCGUGUGCUCCGCAUCGCUCGGGUGUUGAAGCUGCUCAAGAUGGCAGUGGGCAUGCGGGCGCUGCUGGACACGGUGGUUCAAGCCCUGCCCCAGGUAGGGAACCUUGGCCUACUUUUCAUGCUCCUGUUUUUUAUCUAUGCUGCCCUGGGAGUGGAGCUGUUCGGGAGGUUAGACUGCAGUGAGGACAAUCCCUGCGAGGGCCUGAGCAGGCAUGCCACUUUCACCAACUUCGGCAUGGCCUUCCUCACACUGUUCCGAGUGUCCACAGGUGACAACUGGAACGGGAUCAUGAAGGACACGCUCCGAGAGUGCGUGCGUGAGGACAAGCACUGUCUCAGUUACCUGCCGGUGAUCUCGCCCGUGUACUUCGUCACCUUCGUGCUCAUCGCCCAGUUUGUGCUGGUCAACGUGGUGGUGGCUGUGCUCAUGAAACACCUGGAGGAGAGCAACAAGGAAGCCCGCGAGGACGCUGAGCUGGACGCCGAGCUGGACGCAGAGAUGGCCCGCGCUCCAGUCCCUGCUGAUGCCCCAGAUGCCACCACGCCGGAGAGUCCAGGCGCGAGCCCCGAGGCCCUGAACUUGUUGGUGGUGCGCAAGGUGUCCGUGUCGCGCAUGCUCUCGCUGCCCAAUGACAGCUACAUGUUCCGGCCUGUGGCUCCAGCUGACCCCCCGACGCUGCAGGAAGUGGAGAUGGAGACUUACGGGGGCACAGCCUCGGGGACCGUUCCCUCGCCCAGCUCGCCCCCCGAGGAGCCCCGUGCGACCCUCCAGAUCCCAACCGAAUCACUGCCUCUGCCGAUCGCGGCCGCUCCAUCCCCAGGGAGGUCCCUGGACACCUUGCGCACCCUCUCCCCGCGAGCUGCGCCCCGCUCCCCCAUCCUCAACCGGCUGCUCUGCAGACAGGAGGCCGUCCGCACCGACUCCUUAGAAGGACAGAUUGACGGCUCUCGGGACAGCGUCCCAGACCCCAGGGAAUCAGGAGAGAAGACUGUGGCCCGGCCUGCAUCUCUGGGGGGCCCCCCACGGACCCCGCCCCACUCUCCGAGACCUGCGAGCUUGCGCACGCGCCGGCACACGUUUGGACAGCGUUGUGUGGCCAGCCGGCCGCAGGCCGCCGACGAAGCCACGGACCCAGCCGAUGAGGAGGUCCGCCACAUCACCAGCGCGGCUCGGCCCUGGCCACCCGAGCCCAGCAGCCCUGAGGCCUCCCCCAGCGACUCCUCGGCCCGUGGGGGCCUGCACCGCCUCUGCGGGAUCGACAGCUGGAGCUGCCGGCCGGGGAAUGGCCGGCCAGAUGGGCAGAGGCAGCCAGGAGCAGAGCCAGGUGGGGACGGUGGGCAUGACGAGGUCCCUGAGGCUGAGCCGACCCUGGGCGCUCGGCGCAAGAAAAAGAUGAGCCCCCCCUGUAUCUCCAUUGACCCCCCCACGGAGGACGAGGGUGCCAGCCGGCCAACAGCGGCAGAGGGCAGCAGUACCACCCUUCGGCGGCGCACCCCAUCCUGCGAACCCUCUCCAGGUCCGGCCACCCCCCAUAGGGACCCCUUGGAGCCCACGGAGAGCCUGGGGCCCGGAGUGGACCCUGCAGGCAAAGGUGAGCGGCGGGGCCAGGCCCAGGGCCGCUCAGAGCACCUGACUGUCCCAAACUUUGCCUUUGAGCCGCUGGGCAUGGGGGCCUCCAGUGGGGACCCAUUUUUGGACAGUGGUCAGGGUGAGACCGCAGAACCUCAUGCUUCCUCCUUAGGGGUCACAGUGCCUCCAGGGCCCCACAAUAUUGCACCUCCUGUGCCCCCUGGUGAGCCCCCGGAGAAGGGGCAGGGGGUGCUCCUCACAGCCCCCCACAGCCCCCCAAAGAAACCAGGGUCCCCCCCAGGCACCCCAGCCCCAGACAGCAGCGUGGAGGACCCUGUGUAGCUUUGGGGCCAACAGCCUAAAGGGUUUUGUGGUGGGAUCUCGGAACCUCCUGGGGACCAGCCCAUGGGGCUAGGAUGGACCCUGGCUCAGGCCUGUCCACCCCAGGGGAGUGGGAAGCACGGGCAUCUCCGAGCGGAGCAACAGGGAGAGGACUCCGGUCGGGAUGAGUCAGGAUCCCCAGGUGGUAGGUGUGGGUGUCCCAGGUUCACGCUGUGGUUGAGGCCGUGCCCCCUGCUGUGGAUAGCCGUCAUGUAGCCCCGGGAGACGGUGGAUAACGGCCCCAAAUGACCAAAAAUGGACAGUACCGCCCCCUCGGGGACUCUGUCAGCGUAGAACAUGUAUUUUUUUAGGGAACACGCCCCGGUCUCUGUGACCGGCACGGCCCAGCUCAUCUCUCUCUCUCUCACUCUCACACACACACACACACACACACACACACACACACACACACACACACACACCCUCCGCAUCCAUCAGGCCUCACCCCAUCACACCCUGCCCCCCUGUCACCAGAAGCUGUGGGUUUCUCUCUCCAUCCCCCUGCCCCCUCCCACACAGGUGGUCUGGAAGGCAGCUCCCCCUCCCACGAUGCCGCCAUGCCACAACGGAGCUGUGACCCGGGGCAAAAGGCACCCUUCUGCGGGGCUCUGGUUGUGGGGUUCCAGGUCUGUCUGCUCCAUUCAGGUUCCACGUGGCAGUAAUAUGGCACAAGAGAUCCUUCCUGCGCUGAGGCCAGGGAAGGGAGAAAGGGGAGCAGGCGAAGCUGAAUAAAAGUUAACUUAUUUCA